AUGAUUGAGAUAGAGACAACAGAUGGGCGCAUAUUUAAGAUAGAGGAAAAGCAGGCAUAUAAGAGUAUCUUGAUAAAAAAUGUGUGCACAUCGACUGUGUGGGAAAACCCCAUUACCCUUCAAGUGUCAUCACCUGUCUUCGAAAUAAUCCGAAAAUACAUGGAAAUAGAUACCUCUCAGUUGUCCGAGGACUACAAUCCAUUGGAGAUAAGAUUCAAGCAGUCAGACUUCAACUUCUUCGUGGAGUAUGACAACAGAACGCUGCUGGAUAUAUGCAAUGGUGCAAAUUAUCUUGAAUAUCCAUAUCUUCUUGAGCUGUGUUGUAAGAUUAUUUCGGAGAAGAUGAAGCAUAAGAACACAAGAGAGCUUGCGGAAUUUAUUGGAGUGGACUGCAACAUUACAGAUGAGGAAUUGAUGAAAAUCGAGAGAGAAUUUGAAUGGAUAUCAUCUGAAGAGUAG